UACCUGGACGUGCUGGGCAGACCCAUGGUCCUGGCCGGGAACCGAGCCAAGCAGGUUCAGUGGACCAAUGUCUACCAGGAUGCCCUGGGGCUGGGCCUGGUGGUGACGGGCACGCUGCCGGUGUUCAACCUGACAGAGGACAGCAGUGACAGGAAGAACCAGCUCAUUCUGGGCGUGAUGGGGAUCGACGUGGCUCUCAACGACAUCAAGAGGCUGACGCCGCGAUACAAUCUGGGGGCAAACGGUUACGUCUUCGCCAUCGACCUGAACGGCUACGUCCUGCUGCACCCCAACCUGCAGCCCCAGAUCAUCAAUUUCCGCGAGCCGGUGACGCUGCACUUCUUCUGAGCUGGAGGAUGAGAACAAGGAGGAGAUCCGGAGAAGCAUGAUUGAUGGGAAUGAUGGGCAGAGGUUCAUCAAGACCCUCAUCAAGUCCCUGGACGAGCAAUACAUCGACGAGGUGUUCAGGACCUACACGUGGGCCCCCAUCAAAAGCACCAACUACAGCCUGGGGCUCGUUCUGCCUCCCUACAGCACCUACUACAUCCAGGCCAACCUCA